AUGCACAACAAAGUAACUCACCCUCGCGGUGGCACAAAUCCACCACCACCAAAACCACCGUUUCCCAAAAACGACGCCGUUUUCUCUUCAAUCCUCCAACCCUAUAACCCCCCUCACGAUAACGAUAACAACCCCCGACGCAACCGCAUCGCCACCGCAAUCUCUCCUCCGCCUUUCACAUUAACCUCAUCCGUCUACGCCGCGAUCUCAUGGCUUCGAAACCGUCGGAUCCGUUACCUCUUCCUCCUCCUCUGUUCACCGUUCCUUCUCGUCUUCCUUUUCGUCACGUUCCCCUUCCUUUGCAUCACAGAAAUUUGCCUCCGACGCCGUCUCUGGAGGAAAAUCCUCGGUCGCUUCUCCGGCGAAGACUCCGGCGAUCGGCUUCGGCGGUGCGAGGAAGGAUGUUGCUACGAUGAAGAGGUGGAGGAGAAGGGGUUGUUGCAUAGAUACCUGGAGGAUCAACUUUUUCUUGUUCGAUCGAUGUAUGAGUGCGGCGAAGAUCAAGAAUUUGAAGAAGAAGAUUCUAGAAAUUUAGGUAGUAAUAAAAUUCCUCUGUUGAGAUAA